AUGGGAGCUUGUGUUUCGUCAGAAGCGGAUGAUCCAGCUGAGAAAAGAAGUAAAGAGAUUGAUAAAGCUUUGAAAGAGGAUGAAAAGAAGUUGGCAAAAGAAGUCAAGCUAUUGUUACUCGGAGCAGGAGCCAGUGGGAAAUCUACCGUUCUCAAACAAAUGCGUCUUCUUCAUAAUCAACCUUUCUCUCUUGACGAAAUUGAAGAUUAUCGGAAAAUCGUUUUCUCAAACCUUGUCAACGGCAUGCGUAGCGUCAUUGAUUUGAUGGACGAAUUAGGAAUGGCAGUGAAUUCUCAAAAUAGAAGACACAUCCAAUUGAUAGAUAAUGAACCUCCUAUCAAUACCGGAGAAUCUUUCCCAAAGGUUUAUCAUGAGGCUUUGAGGAGUUUAUGGGAAGAUGAAGGUGUUCAAACUUGUUAUAAAGAAGCUUAUCAUUAUGCUUUACAAGAGAAUAUGCCAUACUUCUUUUCUCAACUUGAUAAACUGUUCGAACCGUCCUACACCCCCACAUCCGAUGACAUACUACGACUGAGAAGCAAGACGACAGGUAUAAGCGAAACUCGUUUCCUCCUUGCCGAUAUAACUUUUCGGAUUUUCGAUGUCGGUGGGCAGAGAUCAGAACGACGUAAAUGGGCAUCAUGUUUCGAAAACGUCACCAGUGUCAUUUUCCUAGUUUCUCUCGCAGAUUAUAAUCAAGGUAUCCUAGAAGAUACUCAGUCUAAUGGGAUGGUAGAAGCUUUGGUCUUGUUUGAUUCCAUCUGUAAUUCUCAGUGGUUCGUCAAAUCUUCCAUGAUCCUCUUUUUGAACAAAGCCGAUGUCUUGGCGGAAAAGAUUAAAGAUCCCCAACAACAGAUAGUUGACAAUUUUGCCGAUUUCCCAGGCAAACCAGGCUCAUUCACCGACGCUGUCGAUUUCUUCAAAUCCAAAUUCCGAACUUUGAACCGAAAUUCUCAGAAAGAAGUAUAUAUACACGUCACGACAGCGGUCGAUAGGGAUAAUAUCAAAGUGGUCAUGGCCGCUGUGACGGAUACGAUCGUUCGAUCUCAAUUACGAUCAUUGGCGAUUAUAUAA